AUGGAUUUUAAUAUAUGAGAGACUAGAUUCCAUAUGUAUAUCAAUUGAUUCCAACUCUCCCUACAAAACGCACAUCUGGAAGAACAGUCAACAAUGUACAUGCUCAAGCAUGCCAUGAUCCUUAGAUGGGCACUCCUCACACUAGCCUCACCCCUACAAAUCCCUUUCACAGCACCAUCAAAAGAACCAUUAGGUCUCUCCACCCGCGCAAACCCCUUCGCCUGUCCCGCCAACAAACUCCACAACCCCACCGUUACGGAAUGGAACUGGGCCCUAAACACCUACUGCUCGCACCACACCCCCGCCAGAAUAGCCAGCGACUCACCCCUAGUCUUCACCUACCAGCUGACCGCCUUCGACAAGAAACCCAUCAAAUGGGUCUUCAAAGUGUGGAUCGAUGACGAGAUGCGCGAGGUGAGGGGCGGAGUGGGUAAGCCGACCAAGUACUCGUUCGAACUUGAUAAGGAAUUGUGUAAGAGGAAGUUUAUGGAUAUGGUUACGGAGGGGAAGGGUGGGGGGAUGCCCAAGGUAGUUUGUGAGGUGGGGAAGGAGAAGUUGUUUCGUGGGGGGAGUUAUAGGGAUUGGGUGGUUAAGGAGCGUUAUGGGGAGGCGGUUUGGGAGUCGAGGCAGCUUAAGGGGGAUAAGUAAAUUCUUCUGUUCUUUUUUUGUUGGCUAAUUGGUACUUCUGUCGAUCGUUGUGUUUUCCACUGUUUUUUUAUUUAUUAUCUUUUCAUGAGUGCGAUUGGUAUCUAGAAAGCCGGUAUUUUAAUAGC